CUAAGCGUGGAGCGCAACAUUUGAGUUUUGAAUAGUCGGGUUGAUUUAAAAGUAGUCAGACAUGUGGUCAUCGAGCGAUUAUGGUGGUAGUAUUGGGACUACAAGUGAUUUCGGUGGAGGUUAUAUGGCGUCGAUGGGUGCUGGUACAGGAAUAAAGAAGAUUAGUUAUCAGGGCACUAUUGUUCCUUGUACGUGUGCCGAAAUAAUGGCCGCAAAUCAAGAUGGUGAUAAGUUUGUUUCUCAAUGUGGAAUAGAAUUUAGUCAAAUAUCAGUUGUUGGCAUUAUUCGUUCGGUAAAUGAGUCAAGCACACGCGUAGAGUAUGAGAUCGACGACUAUACCGGACCGUGCUUGCCAGUAAAACUUUUUACAGAGGAUCAGGAUAAUACAACUUCCGGCCUACAUUCUCGUCCAUUUCGCGAAUUAUCAUAUGUACGAGUACAUGGUCAUGUCCGGAACUUUCAGGGAGUCAAACAUGUUAUUGCUUUCCGAGUCAUCCAUUUGUCAGACAUGAAUGAGCUUACUACUCAUAUAAUGGAAGUGAUUUAUACAAGAAUGUUGUAUGCGAAAAUCAAACAAGAUGAGAAUAAUAGCACUAACGUCAAAAGUAUUUUCGGUGAGGUUGGUUCACAUAAUGCACCUGGAUCUACUAGUAAUGGACUGACUGUCUUGCAAAACCAGAUACUCGCAAUAGUUAGAGCGUUUGUUGGUGAGCGUGGAAUCCCUGUAUCCCAAUUAACGGAAAAGCUGCGUGGGAUACCGGAGAGGCAAAUAAGAUUUUGACAGAUGGUUUGCUUUUUAUAUUUAAUUCACAUGUUACUGGAUAGAACAGGUCUUUGUUUUGCCUAUGGUGUAUUUAUAUACAAUACUUUAGUAUGCGUUGAUAGACACUCCAAGCAUUUGAAUACGUUGAUAUAAGACUGCACUGUAACCCUUUAAAAUCAGGAGGACUUGGAUUUCCUUAGUGCCGAGGGUCAUGUAUAUUCGACUGUGGACGAUGAUCACUUCCGAGCUACUGAAGCAUGAUUAAAUCGAAAAUGUCUGUAUCACCUUAUUUUACACUAAAAUCUUUUGAUUGUAUAUAAUUUUUGAUCUUAUUGCUUGUUGUCGCAAAAGCAAGUUACACUGUUCAUAAUGAAAACAAUAGCAUUUAAGUCUGAGUAUCAGCUGUAUAAAUUAAAAUAAUCAAAUUCGGUAACGUUAUUUUAAUUCAGUCUUGUUGAUGUUUUAGUGCGUUCCUUCCCAAGUAUAUAGAGCAAUAUAAACUGACAUGGAAUAAGUUUAGUUAAACUUGUCUGGUUCUCUAUCAAUUAGAUUUCAGUAAAAGGUUAUUUCUUCCUAACUUAAGCGCGAAAGUUGACUAUUCAUGCAAUAGCAUGUGUAGAUAGAUAUUUUAUGAAUCGUUUCAGAACCGAUCGUAGCUGCUAUCAUGAUGUGAUAGUUAGACUUACCUAUCGUGGUGACCCAAUCGAAAUACAUUUGGUGAAAACACAUUUCUUUCAAGUCCUACAAUGCCAGGGAAGUCAGUUGAAUAACGGUAAGAUUAAAGCAGCAACUUGAGGUCCAAGGACAAAGUCGUACGGCUGACGAUGUAUGGGUGUGGUGGCAGUAAGGUGUU